AUGUCCAAAGUACAAGACGAAGAAAUCCAUCCUGUCCGUCGCGAUGAGGUUGCAUCCCUCCCUUCUCCUGACAGUGACGGAAAGGAUGAAAAGUUUGAUCUUAGUCCGGAUCCAUAUGAUAAUCAAAAGACUUUAGGUUACGGGGAUGAAGCAGUUCAAUUGCAGAUAGACGAUUUUGAAAACCGGGAUGAGAAAUACGAUUGGGAUUCAGACGAAUUCAAAAAUAUACCUGAACUUGUUCGACAAACCGUUAGUUUCGAGGAUGAUCCCACAUUACCUGUAAUGACAUUUCGAGCGGUCCUUCUGUCGGCUAUAUUCUGUACCAUUGGAAGUGUGAUUUCUCAGAUAUCCUAUUUCCGUACCACCACUGCCCAUUUCCCCGUGUUCUUUGUCAUUCUAGCCUCGCAUCCUCUGGGCAAACUACUGGAGCGUAUCCUACCUGAUUACACCGUUCCAUUGGGACGAUUCUCGUUCUCGCUGAAUGCCGGCCCAUUCAAUAUCAAAGAGCAUGUUAUCAUCGGAAUCGCAGCAAACGCAGGAAGUCAAGGUCAAUGGGCUACUUAUCUCCCUACGAACGCCGCAUUGUUCUACAAUAUCACCAUGGAGCCUGCCAUAGCCCUCUUUUUCGGCUGGGGCGCAUCCUUACUUGGUUUCUCCUUUGCUGCCAUGGUCCGACCGAUCCUCAUCGAUGAUCCAGCUUUCAUCUUCCCUUUAUCCCUUCAACAAGUCACAGUGUACCGAAGUAUACAAGGGACAUCGGACUUGCACCUCGAGCGAUCUCGAAAACAGAUGAAAGUUUUCUGGUUGAUCUUUUUGGGGAUGUUCAUUUGGCAGUUCUUCCCUGAAAUCAUCUUUCCAUUCGUUGCUGCUUUAGCACCUUUAUGUUGGUUUGCAAGUAAAAACCAUACAGUCAAUUUUCUGGGAGCAGGACGAGGCGGUAUAGGAUUAUUCAACAUAACCCUAGAUUGGUCGAAUAUUACUUCUACCGUGAUCACCUAUCCUUAUAGUGUCCAAGUGACUGUCUUUGUUUCUUUCGUCAUAACAACUUGGAUUUUGAUUCCUGUCGCGUACUUUGGAAACCUCUGGGGCUCACCGACAUACAAUAUUAUGUCGAAUGGAGUUUUCCAGAAAAAUGGCACUGCAUAUCCUUUCAAUAGUCUCCUAUACACGGAUGCCUCUGGCUCUCAGGUUUUCAAUGAAACUAGGUACCAAGAGGUUGGUCUUGCUUACUCCGGUGCCCAAUAUCUGUGGGAGAUCUUCAUGUGGUAUGCUUCAUACAUCUCAUCGUUCGUUUGGUGCGGUCUCUUCCUCGGUCCCAACAUCUUACAUGUAUACAAAUCCUGGCGAGCCAAAAAAGCUGCUCAUACUGAUCGUUUGAGUCUUCUCGCUGCCAAGUAUCCUGGCCUAAAGUGGUGGGAGUGGGCCCUUCUUACAAUAAUCCCGUUCGUCAUGCUUCUAGCCGUCAUUGUAACCAAAAAAUUAUACAUGUCAACUUGGACGUACUUUGUUGCUCUUGGGUUCGGCGCUGCUGCUAUGUUGCCCAUGAGUUUAGUCUACGCCAUGUCAGGAUUCCCGAUGAAGGUCGGCUUCUUCAAUGAGCUCGUCUAUGGAUACAUGAUUGAUGCAAAAGGAUCAUCUCGUCAUCCACUUGGUCAGCUUGCAUAUCGAAUCAUUUCUGGUAAUGUGUGGUACGAUGCUAGAACAGUGCUAGAAGAUCAAAAGAUCGGUCAUUAUUUCCACAUACCACCAAGACAGGUAAUUGGCGCGCAGAUCUUGGCAAAUAUGCUAGCUUUACCCGUCAAUUAUGGGGUGAUGCGCUGGGUACUAGCUUCCAAAUUCGAUUAUGUUAGCGGCAAGAUUCCUGAUCCAGCAGGUCAAUGGACAGGUCAAGAUUUCAAAAGUUAUAAUACUGCUGGAGUCCAAUACGCACUCGUCGGUCCUAAAAGACUAUUCGCUUCUUCUGUUUACCAACCAGUCACAUAUGGCUUUGUAGUUGGAGCAGGCGCCCCAUUAAUCAUCUGGCUUUUACAUAAGAAAUUCCCAAAAGCAAAAUUCGAUCUUUGGAAUACCACCAUCUUCUUCUCGGGAGCAGCUACUUUCUAUGGUAAUUUGAGUACAGGUCCUUUCACCACUUUCCUGGUCGGAACAUUCUGGAAUUUCUUCUUGUUUAGGUAUAGAAGAAAGUUCUGGAACACAUACGCUUAUAUCACGGGUGCUGCCGCCGACACGGGGUUCAAUUUCAACCUUUUGUUCAUAUUCGUGUUCUUGAGUACUACAGGCGCUGUAAUGCCUUACUGGUGGGGAAAUAACAAGGACUCGAUUGAGCGAUGCUUUGCUUUGAAAAAAUGA